UUGACUUCAAAUCAUCGGUGAGCUUGGUUUCGCGGACCGUUUUACAUAACGAUGACAAAUGUUGUGCGCGUGGAAAGUGCUAACGGCGUAAACAUGGUUCGAACCAUUGGAAAAGACAUGAAGGAAAAUUGAGUAAAAGUAGAAUUACCAAAAAGUAAUUAUCCGUCCGGCUGGGUGGCCAAUAACAGUGAACACAAGUCGAAAUCUUCUCCCUGUGUACCAUUGAAGUCUGUUUUGUGGUAACCUUUGGUUGAAUGCCAAUGCAAUCGUAGGUCAAAUGAGUUGGGAAGUGAUGAAAUGGGAUGUGCUAAAUUCCUUAAAACAUUAAGAUUCCCACGCAAUGAACCUGUCGAAGUGUCCGAAGAAGGUAUCGUAAAAGUAAAAAUAGAUAGCCUAUACAAAUCAGGAUAUAUACAUUAAACGUAAAUUAAAUUGAUCGGAACAGGACAGGAAGGAGUGCAGUGCUGGAAUCAAGAUGGAAUGCUAUUGUUUUAAAGUGAAUGAAUACUAAGAUCAAAGCGGUUCCUUUGUUUAUGGUUAUGAAUAAGUGACAACGCUUAGGGAAACAUCAAUUACUACUUCCUUCAGAAGUGAUCGUUAUUAGCCUAUCGACAAUAUUAAUAGCAGAAGGUUAAAUAAUUGAAAUGCCAAGUGCAAGGUGUGUGAAGACAAGUGGAAAAACAAAGCGUGAUACUUGUUCCUGCCUAUAACGUACGGUGUAUAAAAACGCUUCCUUUAUUAGCCCGCCAAAAAAAACGUCAUUUACCGUCCGCCUGGAAAAAAUUGCUCCCAUCAAACCGUACCCCGGGAGAAUGAGGGCGGAAAAUUGCUAUUAAUUGGAUAUUUAGCCCAUAUAUGGUAAAUUGCCUCACCACUCUCGGCAUCCUCGAGUGAUGAUACAUCCAACAUCCAGCAAAAUGGUGGAAAACAAUAGCCCACAAUGAAACCACUAUGGAGACAGAAGAGUGUCUAACAAGUAAAGAGAAACAAUAAAACGACGAUUUAUUGAAAAACUUUAUUCCUCCCUCGCAACAAAUUAACCUGUCUACCCGCAGUGCGGGAAAACCGCUUGAUAUGCUUUAAUCGCAUUUGAGGAGCAUACUGGCAAAUAACAUCUCGAGGAUACAGCGAAAAGGAGGAGGGGAUUAAGUGACGGAUUAUUGCAUUCUACAAUGAACACAACAUCGCCGAAGUCUUCACUGGGAAAGCUCGGAUUACAUUCCAAAACGAAGCCCUUCCGGGUGAUGGUCCUGGGGCAAAGCGGCGUUGGGAAGACUGCAAUGGUGGUACGAUUCAUCACCAAACGCUUCAUCGGCGAGUACGACCCAAAUUUGGAGAAGGUAUACACCUUCAGCACACUCGUGGACAACGAAUUCGUACAGUUCGAUAUCCUGGACGCCGCUGGUCAGCCUAAUGAACCGGACUGCAUGACUCUUGAGGCCAACAUCCGAUGGGCGGAGGCUUUCAUCCUCAUGUAUUCAGUGGCAGAUAAGUGCAGCUUCGAUGAGUGCAACCGGCUGAAGUUUCUAAUAAAUUACAAUAAACGAAGGCGUCGGCUGGGAUCGUACAAUAAGGACAGCCUCUUGGAUGUACCAGUGAUUCUGGUGGGGAACAAAAUCGACCAAAUUGGAGACCGAAUGGUCUCGACAGAGGAAGGUCAGCGGCGAGCCAAAGAAAUUUCCUGUGCCUGUUUUCACGAGAUUUCCGUACGCGAAAGCAUCGAACAGGUGACUGGGGUAUUUCGAGACGCGUGCCGCUUCUGGCGGGUCCUCAAUCGAUACCCCAAACUCAAACGUUCCACCAGCGAUGUUCAUGAUCUGCACUCAGAGGUCGAGUUAAUUCUUAGUCCAGACAGCAUACAGUAUCCUUUCUGCAACUGUGAUUUGAGUCACGAAAAACGACGUUCAAUUGUGAUCAUAGGUAAACAAGUUAUUUCAGAAAGGCGAUGGGACAAAAAUAAUAUUUUUCUUUCCUUAGGGCGCCCCUGGACGGAGGAAGAGCCAGAUGAAACCGACGAGUCUGAAUCGAGUUGUUGCUCUUCACAGAAGUCGGACAUAGAGGAACCAUUCCGAGGAAGGGCGUCCACUGAUGGAACGCUUUUAUCCAGACCACGACGAUGGAGAUAUGCUCCCCCAGGGUCCUCGAUGCCUCAUGUUAGCCGUGUCGAACGAAGAAUGAGUAUAUCAAUGAGGGGUAGCAACGCAAGCUACUAAACAUACUAAACCUCACUUCACGUCGAAUUUGUCGGAUCGGGGACGAUCCGUACUGAAUGUUUCUACAAAUGACAAUAUUGUGAUUGUAUCAAUGUUAACGUCGCUGUGCUUUAUUGGAAUACCAGAUGAACGAAGAUAUAAUAACUAUGUAAUAUUUUACCAUCGAUUUGUACUACAAAUGGCCUACGUAAUACUUACGAAAUAAACAGGAAUAUACAUGGUAUAAAUCG